AUGAAGAGGCUGCAGCUCCAACGAUGGAGCAGUUCGGCCCUAUCGUCGCGAGCCCGAACCGGCGGGCGAUUGCACCGACAUCUCUACUCAGGAACCCGGCUUCAGUCGACCAGUUCAUAUCCUUCACAUGAUCAGUUACUCGGAAAAGAAUCGCGUCCGCCAACCGCAACCUCCGACGUCCCCAAAUUCACAAAACGCCAACUUCCCUCUCCGCCAGUCGAGGCCGCACGCGAGUCGGCAAAACUUGCGGCACUCCAUGCACGAUUAUACCUGCCAUCGCGAUUACCUCUCGAAACUCUAGCACGCUGCUUAGUAGAUGCAUCUGCGGACCCCAAUGCCCAAUUCAACAAUCAAUCGCUCUCUGUACUGGGCAAUGACCUCCUGAGCAACUACACGUCCGAACACCUCAUUUGCACAUACCCUCGACUGCCCUUGACUGUGAUAUUCGCCGCAAUGUACGCUUACGUCGGGCCCAAGACACUCCUCGCCAUGUCAAGGGAGUGGGGAGUAGAGCAUGCUGCCGCCCCCGGCGGCGAGGUAGACCCUGGUCUCCUUCAAUACAAGCGACUCGCCCCUGGCACCAAACCCGACGCAGAGCCUCUCAUCGGCACAACAAGACCGAACGAAGACCAAACAACAUGGAGGAGAUCGAUUACUUCCAGUGUCGUUUAUGAUAACGAGUUUGGCGAUCCUGAGAUGGCAGCCAGUCCUCCUGCCGAACUGUCCGACGAGCCCUUUUUGAUGAACGACAAGAGUCCCGCGCCCGCCACUCCUGAGGCAGCCAGCGCGACCUUUGUUCGGGCAGUGGUGGGUGCUAUCUACCUCCAUGCCGGCAGACCCGCUGCAAAGCGCUUCUUCGAACAGCACUUCCUCUCCCGACAACUCGAUAUUUCCAAGAUGUUCAACUUUCAGCAGCCAGCUCGUGAUCUCACUCGACUCUGCGCACGUGAAAACUACGAUGAGCCAGUCGCCAAGAUUAUUAGCGAAACUGGCCGCAGGAGCAGAACUCCCGUCUUCGUUGUCGGCAUCUUCUCCGGUCAAGAUAAACUGGGUGAGGGCACUGGAGCCAGUUUAUCUGAGGCUCGGGCAAGGGCGUCAGUAGCAGCACUGAAGGGUUGGUACCUCUAUAGCCCACUAGAAGUCCGGGUACCUAGCGCAAUGGAGGAGGAAGACGCGGCGCCUUGGAAGCCGGUUUAUGUGGAUUUGGGCGAGGUGAUUGUAUAG